GGGAGGGGGGAGAGAGAACAGGGAAGGGGGUACAGGAUGAUUAGAGUGGGGUAAGUAAUCUUAAGUGAGGGAAAGGGCAGGUAAGGAAAAGAAUAUGCCGGAAAAAAAGUUUAAAUAAUAGAUUGCUUGAAAACAAUAAUGGGAGAAAGGAGGAAAUAGAAAAACAUGAUAAAUACUGGAAUGUAAAAAUAGUGAGUUGGAAGAAAGGAGAGGGAUAAUCACUUGGGGUCCAGGAGAACUGAGUAGUUUAUUUAAGGGAGACAUAGGGGUUACAGUGUUAACUUGUGACUCCCACAUCAUGGGCACCCAGGAAUACUAUCGGACAGACAGCACCGACUCCACUGCCACCAUGCUCAAACCAGAGAAAGAGAGUGUCGUGGAAAUAACAGAAAAGAAGACAAAGUAUCUCCUAAGAAGAGAGUGCAGCACACUGUGGAUGUCGGUGACAGUUGGAAUUGCCAUUCUCCUGGUGAUAGUUAGUGACAUUGCUUUGUUUAUCCAUUUCACCGCGGCCAUCUCUAAGGUUCAAACCCAGGGCAUGUCCAACGAGCUGCACUGCCUACAGAUUAUUAACACAAUGGGAGGCGAAUCUAUUGAUGCUGAAUUUGACCUUGAUGAGUUCAACAUAAAAGAGCCAUGCCAGAAAUUGAUCAGCAGCAUCAAAUCUUAUGUGACCCAGGUGACAGGAAGUGUUAUCCAAAGGGAAAAUGAGCUUGAUUUCAGGAGGAACAACACUUAUCCCGCUGAUAUAAUACCAUCCAGAGGAAACAACCCCAAAUCAUCAGCUCACCUUAUGCUCCAAACCAGCUCCCGUCUAGUGCGAGAAACAUCUGGUGAUGAAAAAUUGGCUUCCACAUCCUGUCGCUUCCCAAUACAAACAUGGGAUAAUAGCAAUUCAUUAUCCCAUAUACAAGGAAUUGGUUAUAAGAAUGGUCGCCUAAAAAUUCUUCAAGAUGGGAAAUACUAUAUUUAUUCCCAAAUUUAUUUUCGAUUUCCUCAGGAGACAUCUGGCACAUCUCCAGCAGACAGCCAUCACCAGAUGGUACAGUGUAUCCAUAAGAAAACAUCAUAUAUCAAACCCAUCUUGCUUCUUAAAGGGGUUGGCACCAAGUGUUGGGAACCAAAUGCAUUGUAUGGACUGCAUUCCAUCCACCAUGGCGGCCUAUUUGAUUUGAAAUCUGGUGAUGAGUUAUUUGUCUCAGUCUCCUCAUUGGAGUUGGUCUAUGCAGAAGGUGCUUCAUCAUUUUUUGGAGCUUUCAAAUUAGAUCUGUGAGACUCGCAAAAGUUCAACAUCUGAAAUUCUGGAUUGUGUAAUAAACAAAAUACUUUUUUAAGCACUGAUGUUUCUUGGAACAAGUAAAAAAAACAUGCACUACUGCUGGUAUGUCUGCGUAAUGAAGGAUCAUGCAUUCUGCACUAGUGAAAACUCUACCUGUGAUUUCAUGAAAAUAAAGAAGGGACAGUUUUUAAAACUUUGUUUUUUCGAGGGAAAAAACCACUGCAAUCCUACCAUUAUUUAUCAUAGAAAAAUUGAAGAUUUGCUGUUUUGUCCAAGUCAUUUGAUCUUGGUGAACUCUUAAAGAAUUUUCUUAGAGACGGCAUGCAGAUGAAUAGACUGGAUCGAUCAUCUGGAGUUGCUGUAUCUCUCAUCCAGAGGGUCCGGCCUGCAUUUUGAUUUCGUACAAACCUUUUUGGUGGGAUCAGUCUGAUAUGCAAAUGACUACAGGUUCUCCCUGUAAUGGCACAAAAUGAGCUAAAAAAACACUGUGGUGUUUUAGAACAAAAGUCUAAUCUCAGAAAAGUUGAAGGACAUAUUAUAUAACACUUCACUUUCUGUGUCAGUCACUGUUAAACCUCCAGAAGUUACACUAUCUUCAAUCUUUUAAAGAACCACUACAGGUUAAUGUAGUGUUGUGUCUAUAGUCUGUCCCUGCAGGCUCUGUGAUGUAAACUCUGCCUUUUCAUAGAAAAUGCAGUGUUUACAUUGCUGCCUAGUAACACCUCUAUUGUUAAGACUCUCAGAUAGCCACUAAAGGGUCUUCCUACACUGUGUGCACCUACAUUCAGUUUGUCCACGCUCUGCAUGGAGAAGCUGAACGCUUCCCAUAGAGAUAUAUAUUGAUUCAGUUCAUCCCUAUGAGGAGAGGCUGAUUGGAAGAGAAUGUUGUUUUGCUGUGCAUGUGCCUUAGCCACCCAAUGCUUGCUUAUGGUAAACAAUUGGGUUGUCUGAGAUCAUAAAGAAUGAUGAUCUCAGCCAUGGAGGUGGGUUCAGCCACGGUAAGGGAGAAAAGGUAAGUUUAAAUAUCUUUUUACUGCACAUGAGUGGGGCUAGUCACCCUAACAAACUACUGCAGCACUAUAGUGUUAGGAAUACAUGUUUGUAUCCCUAACAGUAUAGUGUUCCAUUGAUUCAGUAAAGGAACACUAUAGCUUGUGGAAUGCAAAACUGUAUUCCUAACGCUAUAGUAAGCAUCUGUCCCUAACUUUGGAUUGGCAGAGAUCAUGAAGAUUGAUGAUAUCAGCCAUGGUGGCAGGGCCAGCCGCAGCAAGAUUGGCGUAGCGAUUGAGAAAAAGUAAGUAAAGCUACAUUUAAUCUCCAAUCUGAUGGGGCCGCAACCUAAAUAGUUAGUCCAUCACUAUAUUGUUCCUUUAAUGUUUCAACAGUUUUUGUAGCUAGUGACUAUGGUCAAUAAUUUGGUGAAUUAGUUUGUUUCAGUACUAAUUAUUACAAGUGUAGACAUUUUACAAGUCAAAAAAAAAAAAGGAGGGAUUACUAAUCCAGAGAACAACAGGUGGCUUAAUUGAGCCAGGGUCAGCAGAACCCAUAGAUAUAAUAUACAUCAAGGAAGAAGCCUCAGGCACUCACUGUGUUCAGAGAUAAAGCAGUUUAUCGGACCAAGCUUGACAAAGAUCUCAGUGGAGGUCGAAACAUUGCUGUGCACAAAUUAGGCCAAUAAGCUUUAUUUUUAAACAGUGAGUUCCUGAGGCUUCUUCCUUGAUAUAUAAGUGCAGACCUAUAACACUGUAAAAAGAACCCGAAACACCUUUGCUACAAGAAUUUGCACUAAUGCCAAUUAUGACCUAAGUAAACAGCAGAGAAAUGCUGUAGAGCACAUUUCAAAAUAUCAAGUCCCAAGAAAUCACCAAGGCUUAAAAGCUUCUCUUACUACAUGAUCUCUGGGAAUGGAUAGGGUAGCAGCACAUGACACUGGUUUUAACAGUUAAUCACAUUAUUACAUUUAUUGUGAUAAGCACCUUCUUUACGUUACCCUGCACGAUAGGUAUAAAGAGGAGGGAGGGACGUAUUUGUGAUCAAUCUCCCCUCUAAAUAUGUCUAAGUAGAAUCUGUUUGUGGCAGAAUUGAAGUACUUCCAGUAGGAUACCUGAGAUGGGUUAAGACUGGUGAAUGAUGGACAGAAUACUGCAGCUUUUAUAUAGAUUUUAAACUACUGCCCUGCUCUACUUUUUGAAUCCAUUGCUGGUGGCUGUAAAAGUAGCUGUGCAGCCACUGUUAUUAAGUUCUACUUUAAAUGCUUAAGCAGUUGAGGUUUCAUGGCACAAUUGUCAAGCCCUGCUCUAGUGCAGCAGUGUACCACAGAUGGCUAAGGUCUAACCAAAGUAAAACCUUAAUUACCUUAAUGAUAAGACACUCUUCAACAUACAAAGAUUAUCCGUGAGAGUUAACCCUAGUCUUGAGGGCUUGUAAAGACCUCGAUGGCCAUUACAUUGCGGUUUGUUAGCACAACUGUGCACACAGGCUUUACUACAAUGAAUUGUGAAUACAGUGGUGUAUUUGUGUGUUGUGUCAGUGUACAAACAUAGGUGCGAAUUUGUGUGGAGCGUCAUAUUAUGAAUGCUAAGUUGUAUUAGUGCGGCAUGACAGUAUGUGAAUGCAGAUGUAGGUAGGAGUGAGCAGUGGUACUACAUUGGAAGUUGUCAUCAUCAACAAGUGGGCAGUAGCACUAUAUAGAGUUUGAGUUGCUGUCAAGGAGGAAUAAGAAAACCUAAAUCCUACUCCUAAUCCAAACUAGUAUGUAGUCUUAUAAAAAGGCACUUAGCAAUCUUUCAUUCAUUCACUAGAGGAACAGCAAUUGCAAAAUUAGCUGCCUAUCCUUUCAUGGAGGAAUUAGUAAGAUAAAGUGACAGCAAAUACAAAAAUAAUCCGUAUUGAUGCUGCACCCCCAAGUAAAAAGACUGGUGUCUUGUUGAUAUAAGGAUAUGUCAGGCAGCCUAGUACAUGCCUUUCAACCACCUACUAAACAGGCAAAACUGGAUAUUUUGAGGAAUGUAUGC